CUGAUGCCAUUGCAUGGUGCCGAUGCCGCAGAUGCUGGAUGGUCUAAGCCGUUGCCGUUCAGCGCUGAGCAGCCCAUGGCCCUGCUUGCUGCGGCCGGUGGCCACCAGACCACCCCGAUGUCAUUGCACGGUGUGGCCGCCGCAGAUGCUGGAUCGUCUAAGCCGUGGUCGUCCACUUCCGAGCAGCUCCUGGCCCAGCGCGCCGCCGCUGGUGGCCACCAGGCCACGCCAAUGCCAUUGCACCGUGUCGAUGCCGCAGAUGCUGGAUGGUCUACGCCGUUGCCGUUCAGUGCCAAGCAGCCCAUGGCCCCGCGCUCUGCGGCUGGUGACCACCAGGCCACACCGAUGCCAUUGCACGGAGCGGCGGCGGUGGCAGAUGCUGGACGGUGUAAGCCGUGUCUGUUAAGCGCCCAGAAGCUCAUGUCUCUACAGAAUGCAGAGUUUGAUGAGCAUAAACUGCCUGACUCCAAUAAGGCUGUUCCGCCAAGUAAGACGUCGCUUGCGGAGAAGUCGGAACUAACAGGAAUAACCAUUCCAGUUAAGAAGCUCAAACCACCCAAGAAAUGGAACUGCACCGUCUGCCAGGUGCAAGCGACCUGUGAGAAGAACCUACAGAUGCAUUAUGCUGGGCAGAAGCACUUGGCAAAUGUAGCAACACUGGGCCCAGGAACCAAGCCAAGUGAUCAGAAGGCGAAAGCAGGAGCAGCAGAACCAUCUCUUGGCACAGAACAGAGGAAAACAUCCUCGAUAAACUGGAGUUGCAGUACCUGCCAGGCCCGCGGCACAUCCAAAUCGACAUUUGAUGCGCACCUCCAAGGCAAAAGACACCAGCAGAACAUUGCGGAAGCAUCCGUAAAAGGCGAUGGCGCACCGAAGAACGCCGCAGUGGCGGGGGAAGCAAAAUCGGAUGGCAUCACCGUGCCGAAGCCUUCAGAGAAGCCAUCACGGGUCUGGAGCUGUGGCAUUUGCCAAACUACAUGCACCUGCGAAACAGACUUGAAGAACCACCUGAAGGGCGCCAGACACCGAGAAAAGGUCCAGUCCCUGCUUGAAGAAAGCAAGAACGUGACAAGGAAUCCUGAGACAAACUUGAAGAAAAACAAUGCACCACAAAUGGUCAAGAACCAAGGACCACACCCGGCAUGGAACUGCACGAUGUGCCAGGCCAAAUGUUUCUCCAAAUCUCAGUUUGAGAGUCAUUGCAGUGGCAGCAGGCACCAGCAGAAUAUCGAGGCGAUACUCGGCAAACGCGAGACCGCGAAAGUGAGCAGCUCGAGGACCGCAAAUGAACCAGCUUCGGAUGGCUCCAGCGGCAAGAAUGCAAGCUCGAAGAAGGCGGAGAAGAAAGAGAUGUUGUACUUCUGCGAGGUCUGCAAUUUGCUGUGUGGCAGCAGUGAGAUGCUGGUAAGCCAUCGUUAUGGGAAGAGACACCGGGAAAAGCUCAGCGCAGGGAAAUGAAGUGCGUUUGUGGGUCUGCAAAGGAAUUGUGGCUUUUGUAGGGAAAGAUGCGAAGCACGAUUCUGGCUCUGCAUGUAGCCCUGUACUGCUCUGCACUUGAAUUAUGUGAUGGCUUUGUAGGAACUGGGUUCAAUCUCACCUGUUUUCAUUUGCGAAUUGUAUUUCGUUUCGGGCCCAACUUUGAACAAACUGGGCUGCUUGUUGCUCGACUGCAUGUGUCAGCUUUC